GGACCUCAGAGGCUCGUUGAGCCCAACUUCGGGGCGCUGUCCUCUGCAUGUUACACACCCACUGCUCUUCACAGAUUCCCUUGCUUCCUCACUUUACUAAAAGCCUUUCGGUUUACUCCAAUGCCGCGGUGAUUGAGAAACAGAAGUACUCUACUGUAUUUGGUAAACCUGAAACUACAGUGGAGAGUUCACGCUCACGAUGAGACGUGCUAAAAGUUUCCAGGACAAUCAUUAAGGAUGCACUGGUUAAUGUCUCCUAAACUAAGUCUGCUUGUGUGUUUUCAUAUCUUUAUAUCAGCUCUUGUACUGGAAACCAGUGCCCUUACAUAUGAGGAGACAUCCUAUGAAUACAUACCUGAUGAGCUGCAAUGGGACAGUGCAGACGAACUGUGCUACCAGCGCUCUGGGGCCUUAGCCAAUGUGUCCAGUCUAGUUGAGAAGCAAGACAUAAAGAACUAUUUAAAGUCCGUGAACAUCUCUGAAGCUGUGUGGAUUGCUAAGAAAUUCACAACUCAUCUUCAAAGUAACAUCUCUGUCUUUUUGGACUCCAUCUUGGACGGGGAUUCCUUGGAGAAUGAGACAUUUUCCGUAGCGUUUGUCCGCAGCCCUCUGCCUGAUGAAGAGUGUGACAUUCUUGACCCUGUUACAGGGAAUUUGAGCCACGUCAAUUGCGACUCUUUCAGAGGAGCUGUCUGCCAGUUUAAAAAAGUCAUAGAAGUGCUGGAUGAUUUCCGUUUCCCGAAGACACCGUUGUUCAGCCUAUUGAGCCUGUACCCUUUAACAAGUUAUGAGCAGAGUGCCAACUCCUCUUGGGACAGAGAGCUAAGAUCACUGCAUCAGCUAACCCGGGCUGUCCUGGACGUAAUGAAGGAUGGUGGUCCAAAUGUUCUCACCGCCAGUGAUAUCCACUUUCUGUCCCAAAAGAUGGGGAUGGUCUUGUCUGCACUGGCUAGUAGCCACCCAGCCAGCGCUAAUGCCGCAGAGGCCAUGGCGUCUAUUGCUACAGAUUACGUAAAGAUGUCCAGUGUGAUGCUGGAGCCUCAUGUGGCUCAACAGUGGAUGGGUUUAACAGAUGAUGGGAACAGCAUGGGGCCGUUUACUAUUGUCAAUAGCAUUGACAAUCUUACUGAAACUCUGGCAGACAUAUUAUCUACUGAGGGAAAAAGCUUCUCACUUUCUACUAAGAAUAUAGAUGUGUUCAUCAUGAGCCAUAAGUUGACUGAAGGAAGCUGCUGUCAAUCAUUUAAACCAUCUGAGAUCAGCUCCAACAUGGUGAGCGGCAACGAUCAGGAUGAGCUGCUUAUCCCAGACUUGGAGUUACAGAGAAUUCAGAAGCUGGGACAUAAGGAUGUGAUGUUUAUUCACACAUAUUACAGCCAUUUGAAUGAGAUUGUAUCGGGUGCAGCUGAGCCUUUUCUGAGUCAACAAGAAAAAGUGAAAAGAAUUUUCUCAGGUCACCUGGCUUCUGCUGUCAUAUCAGCCACUCUCCGUGAUGCGUCAAAGGCCCAAACAAUCCCUGUUGCUGUCCAGUACACUCUAUCCUCAUCUCAUGUGAUGGAGUUUGCACAGAGAUUUUCCCCAGUCUGUGCCUUUUGGAAUUUCAGCUUAAUGAAUAAUCAAACCAGUGGCUGGUCCAAUGAUGGCUGCAUUGUGAUCUUUGCUGGCUCUGGUGUUACUUCCUGUGUAUGCAACCAUACCACAAACUUUGCAGUGUUGAUGAAUUACUUAAAACCUAAGUGGAGUCCCAAAGAAGAACUUGUUUUGACCAAGCUGACAUUCAUCGGCUCAGGAGCAUCUUUGUGUGCUCUGGUGGUGACAUUAAUGCUGUUCACUGUGUUGGAUAUACCUCGAUCUGACAGGACAUCCAUCCAUAAGAACUUGUUUAUUGCUCUUAUCUGUGCUCAAGUGAUUCUGCUGUGCAGUGGCUCAGCCAUUCACAACAAGGUUGCGUGUACACUUGUGGCAGCAUUGCUCCACCUGUUCUUCAUGGCUGCCUUCAGCUGGAUGCUGGUUGAGGGUCUGCUGCUUUGGAGCAAGGUGGUUGCUGUCAACCUCAGUGAAGAAAGACACAUGAAGUAUUAUUAUCUCAUCGGCUGGGGUCUGCCAGUGCUCAUAGUCACCAUCACACUGGCGUCUGCCUCAGGCAAAUACUUGGCUGAUGGCUAUUGUUGGCUCAGUGUCCAGAACGGUGUCAUCUGGGGCUUUGCUGGGCCUGUCAUCUUCAUCAUCAUGGUGAAUGUCAUGGUACUUACCAGGGUGGUGGUCAUCACUAUCUCCACAGCCAAGAGGAGGUCCAUUAUGUUGGCGAUGGGUGCCAGUCCAGUGGAACAAACCUACGAGCAAGUUAGGGCUGCUGUUAAAGCAGUUUUGGUUUUGCUGCCCAUUCUUGGAUUGACAUGGCUGUGUGGUGUCCUGGUACCUUUCUCCAUUGUCAUGGCCUACAUCUUCAUCCUCCUCAAUUCCCUGCAGGGUCUGUUCAUCUUCCUGAUAUAUGGGGUGUACAACACAGAGGUCCGGACCACGGUCAACAGGAUCAAGGAAAGGAGAAAGGCGCUUAAUUUUUCAAACUGUGCCAGUACCCGUCCAUCCAGCUCAGUCACUAGCUCUCGUCCGGUCAGUUUGCCACCAGGAGCAACCCCGAACCAGGAGGAGGCAACCACAUUCCAUAACUGCAACACCCAAGGCCAGCAGAAGGAGGAAGACAGUUCCACAGCUCGGCUGUCCAUUCCUUUUGCUCCAAGGGAGUCCAAUUUCUCCACCCAAAGUUUCACAGGCACGCGUCUGCAUAGAAAGGAGCUCCCUCCCGCACAAGCGGAAGCGUCACCACCUGGUUGCACUCUCCGCGUCCCCAUGGAGCUGGAGUUUACUGCUUCUUGCUUCUCAACUUAGAAGACCGUCAGCUUCAUCAUAGAAGGGUCGAACUACUCUACCCUCAAAUCUAAAUUGUGAGUCUCUUUUUUUUUUUUUUUUUUUGUGUAUGUAUGAUGGAUGUUUCAUUUUUAUCAAGGCCUAACCUUUACUAAUGACAACGGGGAUUAAAUGUUUUCUGGAGCGGAAUCCGAAUCGCUACUUUUUAGUAAGGGCUCUGUAUCAGUACUGUGCCAAAUUGGAUUGUGAUAGGAAAGUUUGUAUUUUAACACUUAAAUGAAAUAAUGGCGCAUCUUUGUGAACCGGUUGUGUACGAUAAUGUACAUACAGUAUGUAACUGUCGUGUUUUAAACUUAAUUAGGCUACUCUUUUAUUGCUUUUGUUUUGAAACAACUACGUAACAUGAAUUCCAGUAUAUUAUAUAAAAUGAUUACAACAAUGUGUAUUUAUGGCGGCACGGUGUACGACUGGUUAGCACAUCUGCCUCACACUUCUGAGGACCGGGGUUCAAAUCCCGGCCCCACCUGUGUGGAGUUUGCAUGUUCUCCCCGUGCCUGUGUGGGUUCUCUCCGGGUACUCCGGUUUCCUCCCACAUCCCCAAAACAUGUACGGUAGGUUAAUUAAUUAAUUGAAGACCCUAAAUUGUCCGUACGUAUGAAUGUGAGUGCGAAUGCUUGUUUGUUUAUAUGUGCCCUGCGAUUGGCUGGUAACCGGUUCAGGGUGUACCCCGCCUCCUGCCCGCAGUUUGCUGGGAUAGGCUCCAGCAUACCCGCGACCCUAGUGAGGAUAAGCGGUGUAGAUAAUGGAUGGAUGGAUGGAUGUGUAUUUACUUACAACGAUGUGUCAAACAAUAAAAAACAAAGAGUAAUUUGUCAUCUCACAAUUGGUAGCAAUGCUAUAUGUUAUGUAGCAAGUCUCCAUGGAAGCAAAUGGCAUUUUCUUUGUCUUUUUAACUUUUGGCUCUCCAAUGUUGUUAUGCUAGU